AUGCCGACGUUUCCCAGAAGCCCUCCAAUCCUUCCAAAAUACACCAUUGCCACCACCCCCGUUGUUCUCACCGCCGUUAACUCCUCCUCAAUGCCCACCCUGCAGACUUCUGAGGCCAAAGCCCAACAAAUUACUGAUUCUUCCUCCUCCCCUUCUGCCAUACCUAUUCCGACCACUGCUUCCUCCUCCUCUACCACCACCACUACCAUCACCUCCACCUCCGCGUCGACCAGCACUGCUGUUACUUCCACCACAGUUUCCACACCCACGGCAUCUAUGCCCAAGAAUCGGAGGCGUAGUGCUGUCCAAUCAGCUAGGGUUCUGCCCCAGAUCAUCAAACCCCUGUUGGCCGAGGGUGAAAUCAAUGCCGCUCUCCACCACCUCCGCGUUGUUGACCCUUUACUUGCUACCCUGAUCGAUACCCACCAGCCUCCGGCAUUUGAGUCUCACCACUCCCCAUUCCUUGCCCUCACCAAGAGCAUUCUCUAUCAGCAACUCGCCUACAAAGCAGGCACCUCAAUCUACAAUUGCUUUGUAGUGCUCUGCGGUGGCGAGACUGCAGUUCUUCCCGACGAUGUGCUGGGUCUAUCUACUCAGCAGCUCAAGCAAGUCGGUGUCUCUGGUAGAAAAGCCAGCUAUUUAUAUGACCAUGGCCUCAAAUCAACUGUGCGUUAG